AAAGAGAUAGAAGGACCAAAGCUUCAGGUGGGUGAGAAGUUGGAGAAGCCCCAGGAUAAAGAACAAUGGUAUGGACCAGGAGUUGAUUGCUUAUUAGGAACAAGCCAGAAAUUCAAGACCCCAUAUAGCAAUGAUCUUCCCUAUGAAGGCUCUGGAGACUUUUGGGUUCUCUGCAGGAACUACAGAAACUGAAGGAAAGAAAAUGUUUAAAAGGAAAUUGUUUUGAAACUAUGUUUACAACUAACUGAUAUUGCUCACAGUUUUUACAAAUAAAACCCUUUAAUAAGAUUGUAUUUAUGGUAAGAGGAAACUGGACUGACAAUGAGGCCAAAGACUUUUCCUGCCACGACUUACUCUGGAAACAGCCGGCAGCGACUACAGGAGAUUCGCGAGGGGCUGAAGCAGCCCCCGAAGUCUUCCACUCAAGGGUCACCUGUGGGACCAAGCAACACUUCCCUGGAUACCAAGGUUCUGGGGGGCAAGGAUGUUGCCCGGCAGCAGCAGCCAAGAGCCACUCCAAAGUUUGGGCCAUACCAGAAAGCCCUGAGGGAGAUCCGAUACUCCUUGUUGCCCUUCGCCAACGAGUCGGGUCCCCCGGCUGCUGCAGAGGUCAACCGACAGAUGCUGCAGGAGCUGGUGAACGCGGGCUGUGACCAGGAGAUGGCGGGCCGGGCACUGAAGCAGACGGGCAGCAGGAGCAUCGAGGCUGCCCUGGACUACAUCAGCAAGAUGGGCUACCUGGACCCCAGGAAGGAGCAGAUCGUGCGCGUCAUCAAGCAGACCUCCCCGGGAAAGGGCGUGGCCCCCAGCCCUGUGCCACGGAGGCCAAGCUUUGAAGGCGUAGGAGACCCCUUCCCCCCCUACCACCCGCUGAGCGCGGCCUACGAAGGCAGCGGCGCGGUGGAGGAGGUGCCCCGGCAGUACGCGGACUUCCUCUUCGCCAGCGUCGGGCCCCACAGCGCACCUGGCGGCCCCCAGCACCAGCCCAAGGGCUACUCUGCAAGUAUGGAGGCUGCCGGGAUGAACUUCCCCGUGGCUGGGCCUGCGGGCCAGGGCCUCCCAAUGCAGGGCCCACACUACAGGCCACACCUGCUGGUACCCGGGGAGCCCCUGGGCUACGGAGUCCAGCGCAGCCCCUCCUUCCAGAACAAGGGGCCUCCGGACACCACGGGGUAUGCCAAUCUGGGUGCCAAGGGCCCGGCUGGGCAGCCAGGGGCCGGGCACACUUUCCAAGCAGUGGGGGCCACAGCGGGUCUGUACGUGCCGCACCCACACCACAAACAGGCCCCACAGGUGCACGUGAUGGUACCCCCACAGAGUCUGUUGGCCCCCUCCAGGAGCAGCCUCAACAUGGAUCUGUACGAGGCCGGCAGCGCCCCUGUCCAGCCGUGGCAGGUGCCCACCCUAGCCCGGCGCGACUCUCUACAGAAGCAGGUGGCGUUUCGGCCCGAGGGCUCUGUCCCCAGCAGAAGCAGCUCUUUCAAUGGCCACCAGCAGCCCGUGGCGGUGGCUUCCCCCAACACCAUCACAGCGGUGACAGCGGCACACAUCUUGCACCCGGUGAAGAGCGUGCGUGUGCUCCGGCCUGAGCCGCAGACGGCGGUGGGGCCCUCCCAUCCCGCCUGGCUGCCCGCGCCCACCCCUGCAGACGGGCCGGACUCUGCGGAGGAGCAGCCCCCGCCCUUGGUGGGCGCAGGGCCCUACCCGCGGGACGUGGACGUGAGGUGCCCACCCCCGCCCUACCCCAAGCACCUCCUGCUGCGGGGUGCAGCCGAGCAGGUGGAUGUGGACUGCCUGUGUGUGGGGGUAGAGCAGCGGCUGCGGGGCACGCCCUCUGAGCCCCCCGACAGGGGUCUCAAAGGCGUCAAGGCAGACCGAAUUGGGAAGGAUAAGAAACUGAUCCAGACGUCUCCAGUCCCGGUUCGCAAAAACAGCCCCGAUGAGGAGAGAAGAGAGUCUCGAAUCAAGAGCUACUCGCCCUACGCAUUCAAGUUCUUCAUGGAGCAGCAUGUGGAAAAUGUCAUCAAGACCUACCAGCAAAAGGUCAACCGCAGGCUGCAGCUGGAGCAGGAGAUGGCCAGAGCCGGACUCUGUGAGGCUGAGCAGGAGCAGAUGAGGAAGAUCCUCUACCAGAAGGAGUCCAACUACAACAGGCUGAAGAGGGCUAAGAUGGACAAGUCCAUGUUUGUGAAAAUCAAAACCCUGGGGAUCGGUGCCUUUGGGGAAGUGUGCCUGGCGUGCAAGGUGGACACUCACGCUCUGUACGCGAUGAAGACCCUGAGGAAGAAGGAUGUCCUGAACCGGAAUCAGGUGGCCCACGUCAAGGCUGAGAGGGACAUCCUGGCUGAGGCGGACAAUGAGUGGGUGGUCAAACUCUACUACUCCUUCCAAGACAAGGACAGCCUGUACUUUGUGAUGGACUACAUCCCAGGGGGAGACAUGAUGAGCCUGCUCAUCCGGAUGGAGGUCUUUCCUGAACACCUGGCCCGCUUCUACAUUGCAGAGUUGACUCUGGCCAUCGAGAGUGUCCACAAGAUGGGCUUUAUCCACCGAGACAUCAAGCCAGACAACAUUUUGAUAGAUCUUGAUGGUCACAUCAAACUGACAGAUUUUGGUCUCUGCACUGGAUUCAGGUGGACUCACAACUCCAAGUACUACCAGAAAGGGAGCCACAUCAGACAGGACAGCAUGGAGCCUGGUGACCUCUGGGACGACAUGUCUAAUUGUCGUUGUGGAGACAGGCUGAAGACCCUGGAGCAGAGAGCCAGGAAGCAGCAUCAGAGGUGUCUGGCACACUCCCUGGUUGGGACCCCAAAUUACAUUGCACCGGAAGUGCUCCUCCGAAAAGGGUACACUCAGCUCUGUGACUGGUGGAGCGUCGGCGUGAUUCUCUUCGAGAUGCUGGUGGGGCAGCCCCCCUUCCUGGCGCCCACGCCCACGGAGACCCAGCUGAAGGUGAUAAACUGGGAGAGCACGCUCCACAUCCCAGCCCAGGUCAGGCUGAGCCCCGAGGCCCGGGACCUCAUCACCAAGCUGUGCUGUGCCGCGGACCACCGGCUGGGGCGGGGUGGGGCCGACGACCUGAAGGCCCACCCGUUCUUCAUCGCCAUUGACUUCUCUAGUGACAUUCGGAAGCAGCCAGCUCCCUAUGUUCCCAAGAUCAGCCAUCCCAUGGACACCUCAAACUUUGACCCCGUGGAUGAAGAAAGCCCUUGGAGUGCUGCUAGUGAAGACAGCACCAAGGCCUGGGACACACUCAGCUCCCCAAACAACAAGCACCCUGAGCACGCAUUUUAUGAAUUCACCUUCCGAAGGUUCUUUGAUGACAACGGCUACCCUUUCCGGUGCCCAAAGCCUUCAGGAGCAGAGGUGGCGCAGGCUGAGGACUCCGAUUUGGAAAACCCCAGCCUGGUGGAUCAGACUGAAGGCUGUCAGCCGGUGUACGUGUAGACACCCUCGGCACUGACACCCGGGCGUGGCCGGUUCCUUCAGGACCGAGGGGAGGGCCAGGGUGGCUUUGUUUUUAGUCAGCCCAUUGAUUACUUCACUUGAAAUUCUGGUCUUCACCAAAAAACCAAACCAAAACAAAAAUGCUAUUUAAAAAAGGACUCAAGUUUAGCAUAUCUUCAUUUCUAGACUCUGGUUGAUAAGGGGAUGGUGUCAACAUGGCUUUGAAUUGGCUUUUGAGGAUCUUCACUGCAUUGAAACAAUUUUUUAAACAUUUAGUACAGUUUAGAAAGAGCACUUAUUUUGUUUAUAGUCAUUUUUCUUACUAAAUUAUAGGGAUUAACUCUGACAAAUCAUGCUGCUGUCAUUUUAUACAUUUGUAUUUUAUCACAGCACUUAGCUCACAUUUAGGAAAAGAAAUGAAAACUGAAGACCGUGAUAAGAAAUCUCUGUGCAAUAAGUAAAAAAAAGAUAACACUGUUUUGAUAUUACUGAUACCAUUUUAUUCACACAGUGGUUUUUGUUUUAUAUUUUUCCGCAUUUCAAAAUUGUAAUAUGUUAAAAGCUGCUUUUUUUUUCUUUCUGCAUAUUAUAGUAUCAUAGACAGUGUGAGCACGGUGACCCAGGGGUGUGCUUCCUGAUGUCUGGCGUGUGGAGUGACGCGAGCCGGGUCUUCUGUUACAAAUGACCUUGUCUUGCCAUUCACAGCGGGUUCUGUGAAGACUUUAUACAGUAUCUAUAAAUGAGACAUUGUAGACAGUGUGCGAUGAUGUGUUGUGUGGGUGCCUUCACUGUGAUUGUAUCCCUUACUGUUUUGUUAAAGAAAUGCAGGUGUGUAACUGAGAAUUGACUUUCUGUGUGUGUCUUGGGUAUGGUUGGAUUCUUUGGGGGCUAAACUUAAGCGUUUGUCAUAUACUAAACUUGUGUACAUCUAAAGGGAUUAAUUUAGCUAUGCCAAAAAGUUUGAAGUUAAUCACAGAAGCCCGUCUGUUUCACCAGUCGUCUGCUCUCUCAUUCUUGGCAUAGCUGCUGUGUGGAGUCCAGUGGCUGCCACCAGCCAGGCCCCUGAGGUCCGCCUGGUGAGCUUUCUGCCGACACAGCUGCGCCCUAACCAGGGUGGAAUUCAGUAACCUCGGCAUUCUUUCACUUCUUUUUUUUUGGUGUGCUUUGAAGUAUCAAUGUUAACUUGGUUUUAAAAAUACAUUUUCCUCAUCUUUGUAAAACAGCAAGGAUUAUUCAAAGUGACAUUGGAAUAAAAAAAUUAAG